AUGCCCGACCACGCCUACCAUCGUCAGGAAGGGCCCUUCAAGGCUCCCAAUAGCGUCAACAUCAGACAGUCGCGCCACGCCACCCAAGUCCUCAAUCAAGUCCUGCAACAGGAUCAAGUGACGGCGGCCAAAUGUUUCCCCUGGCAAUGUCCCCCUCCAAGUCCGAGCAAGAAGGGGAAGCCCAUGAGUGCGAUGGGCGCCGCAAUCCUCGAGGAAUUUCAUCAAAAGCACGCGGAGCCCUUCUCACGCCCGGCCCAAUACCAGUCACGGCCAGCUCCGAGUCAUCACAUCAGGCCACCCCUCCAGGGUCUUCUUCACUCGAGAUCGUCACAUGUCUCAUCAAUAACACCUCAAGCUGGCAACGGCCCCUCGACGACGACAUCUCGCCCCGUGACACAUGUGUCUACCGCUCCGGUUCAUGGUCGGCCAGCUCACCAUCACCAGGCAAUAGGCUCGCACUGGACGAUAAAUGAUCAACAAGUGCAGGUCGCGCCCGAUCUCCAGACAGAGCGGUUGGCAGCCUCGGCGGCCAAGACAAGAAUUCACCAAAUCCUUCAUCGUGACGGCACUAGAAGGGCCGCGAAUGGGAGAGGGAAAAAGGUGACGAGGGUCGGAGGGUCAAGCCUCAAGAGGCAGAUGUCUGUUAACAACGGAGAUGCCCGUGAGGAGCUGGCUCGGUUGGCCGAAAGCCGGACUGGUGGUCAUAACGGCACCGUCAGCAGGCCCUCCAAGAAAGCCAGGAAGAGAGUAGGCAAGUAG